GGUGCAAUUUGGGAAGGAUGGGAAGAAAGAAAGUAGGGUGACUUGAGAGAUGACAUCAUUCCUCAUUUGAAUAAAUCUCAGCCGGGGUAGUGAUUGGUUGUGAGCUGGAGAAAGUCGAGUUACUUGGCUAUUCAUCCCUUUCAAUUUCACCCCCGCGCGCAAUGCCGUGGUAAAACCCUCUCCGCCUGUCCAUCCGUCCCGGCCAGUAGAGAUUGUCUGCGUGGACUGCAAAUCGCUUUUCCUUUCUUUGGAAGGGACGUGCAAUCACUUCUUAAAUCGGCGGUCGACAGAAGUUUCUUGGUAAUCUGGCUGCUGUACUUUGGCCUGUUUUUCAUCUCGUUCGGUUUCAUUUUCCAAUUUGUUACACUUUGUAUUCGAGGAUUCUGAAAGGAGUCGGAGGAUAUUGUCAAACACUGGGCGUAGCUGGAGAUCAAGCUAUAGCCAGCAACACUGCGUUGAUCAGACUCCACCAUCACCUGAGAGCAGUCACCAUCUUCAGUCUCAAGCUCUCCAGCCCUCCUCUGCAGAGACGGACAGCCAGGACUGAGGGGAGAUGAAACCAGAUGGGGUUGCCACGGCAGCAAUGGAGCCAAUGGAAGCACUGGACGCCGAUCCGGUAAACGAGCCAGUUGUGAUGGGAGAGGAGCCUAACCAGGCUGCGCCGGCACCUCAGACGGAGGGAGUUGGCCUGCAGGGAGAGAUGGGGCAGGGCGAGCCUCAUCCAGAGCCAGCCCAGGUGGCCCCCACCAAGACGGGAAACAGCAAGGCUACAGCAGACCCAAAAGCCAAGACCAAGGCCCCCGCUGCUAAGACAAAGCCUGGGACCACCACCACAAUUAAGACCACGGCCGGACCAGGGUCUCGACCCAACACCGCCCAGAGCCGACUGACCAAUGGGGUUUCCAAGCCACAUGCCAACGGAGUGGCCAAGAAGACCACCACUGGAGCCCCAGAGAAGACCACUCCCAAGAGGCCCGUAGGCACAACCGUUGCCCCUACCACUAAGACCACCUCCAAGGUUGGUGAGAAGAAGCCAGCGGGCACCACCCGCCCUGCCUCGGCUCCUGCUGCCACCAAUGGGGUGAAGGCCACCACAGGAACAGCAGCAAAGAAGACACCUGCCGCGCCAACUAAUGGUGUCAAAGCCACCACCACCGCUGCUAAGAAGCCCACAGCUCCCCGGCCUGUCUCUGCAGCUACCACCAAGCCCAGCACUGCCGCCGCUCCCAAGCCUGAUAGGCCUCCUGUUUCCAAGACAACCAGGCCUGCCACUGGUGCUCCAGGAUCUCGCCCUGCCUCUGCUGCAGCCAGGCCAGCCACAGCCAUCACAGCCAAGAGCUCCACAUCCACAGCCAAGCCUGGCACCCCCACGGCUAAAACCACCUCCACCACUCCCAGACCAGCCUCUGUCAAAGCCGUCUCUACAACACCCUCAGCUGGACGGACCCCGACAUCACAGCCCUCAAAAACUCCCAUCAAGAAAGAUGUUACCAAAUCAGCCACCAAGAAGCCUGCAGUGGCUCCUCUCACUCGUACCUCACCAGCCAAGACCACCAAACCUGAGACUCCCAAAUCAGCCUCCGCAUCCAAGCCAGACUCCACCCCCAAGAAGCCGGCUGCCAGCAGCAAGGCCGCAGACACCAAGAAGACGCCAAGCAAGCCUACGCCUUCAAAGGAUGUCAGUGCUGGCCCCAAGACCCCUAGUACCAAGCCAGCAGGGAAGGCUUCCACCCCUAAGAAGACUGUGGGCAGCAACACCCCCAUGGCAGUAAAGCGUGGCCCCAAACCCACAACGGCGGCAGAGACUGGUGAGACCCAGGACGCCGCUGCUGCCAUAGCUGCAGCUUCCUCGGCUGCUGUAGUCUCCAUGGCAACCUCGGAAGAAGCAGUGGUGGCUGCAGUCCCAGAGGAGAAGGAGACUGUGCCCCCUCAGGCCAGCCAGCCAAAGGAGGCCCCAGAGGCCUUUAUCUCUCAGCUGUCAGCUCAGCUGGACCUGGUCCACCUGGAAGAGCCAGCAGACACAGUGUCUCCCCUGGGCACCACGGUCAUGUCUCCUCCAUGCUCCCCCAUUGGGCCCAUGUCCCCGGUCAGGGAGCCCCAGAAUGCCUCUGCUCUGCUGGACAUGCACGUCCAGCCAGAACCCAGGUCCCAGAGCCAGUCUGCCAUGGCUCCACAGAGUCCAGUCCAGGAGGAGGUGAUUUUCCAGCCAGACUCCUGGGCCCAGAACCAGUCUGCCAUGUCUCCACAGAGCCCGGUCCAGGAGGAGGUGAAGGUCCAGCCAGACUCCUGGGCCCAGAACCAGUCUGCCAUGUCUCCACAGAGCCCUGUCCAGGAGGAGGUGAAGGUCCAGCCAGACUCCUGGGCCCAGAACCAGUCUGCCAUGUCUCCACAGAGCCCGGUCCAGGAGGAGGUGAAGGUCCAGCCAGACACCUGGGCCCAGAACCAGUCUGCCAUGUCUCCACAGAGCCCUGUCCAGGAGGAGGUGGUGAAGGUCCAGCCAGACUCCUGGGCCCAGAAUCAGUCUGCCAUGUCUCCACAGAGCCCGGUCCAGGAGGAGGUGAAGGUCCAGCCAGACUCCUGGGCCCAGAACCAGUCUGCCAUGUCUCCACAGAGCCCGGUCCAGGAGGAGGUGAAGGUCCAGCCAGACUCCUGGGCCCAGAACCAGUCUGCCAUGUCUCCACAGAGCCCGGUCCAGGAGGAGGUGAAGGUCCAGCCAGACUCCUGGGCCCAGAACCAGUCUGCCAUGGCUCCACAGAGCCCGGUCCAGGAGGAGGUGAAGGUCCAGCCAGAUGAGCAGCAGGACCUCCUCAUGCCCUCCUCUUCAGCCCCUCCUGCGUUCAGCAUGAUGUCUCAGCCCAUGGAUGAGUUCACCUCAGGGGUCCUGGUCUCUCCCUCUCAGGACCAGGAGGAGGCAGUGGAGAAGGCAGAUGAGGAGAUCAACGAAGAUGAUGACAAUGAUGACAAUGAGGAAGAAGAGAGGACGGUGGGCAAGCCGACAUCACUAUUUGACAUGAGUAGCUCUCAGCCCUCUGAGGAGGCAAAGCCUGCAGGCUUUGGUGGUGCCACCAGUUGGCAUGGGGAUGACCUCUUGUCAGGGAUGGACUCUGAGGAUGUGAGCAGUAUGAGCAGCCGCCUGCAGGGGUCGUCAGAGAUGAGCAGCACCCAGCACACGGGCCUGCUGCAGGGUACCCAGAGCUCCGACGCCCUGGUAGACUCCAGCCUCAAGGGCUCCGAAGGAGAAGGGACCUUCAUGUGCUCCCUCGAUGUGGAGACCCUGGCCAUCGAGGAGGAUGAAGAUGAGGAAGAGGAUAGGAAAGUGUGCAAGCCGACAUCACUAUUUGACAUGAGUAGCUCUCAGCCCUCUGAGGAGGCAAAGCCUGCAGGCUUCGGUGGUGCCACCAGUUGGCAUGGGGAUGACCUCUUGUCAGGGAUGGACUCUGAGGAUGUAAGCAGUAUGAGCAGCCGCCUGCAGGGGUCGUCAGAGAUGAGCAGCACCCAGCACACGGGCCUGCUGCAGGGUACCCAGAGCUCCGACGCCUUGGUAGACUCCAGCCUCAAGGGCUCCGAGGGAGAAGGGGCCUUCAUGUGCUCCCCCGAUGUGGAGACUCUGGCCAUCGAGGAGGAGCGAGUUGAUGUUGAUGAUAUGGACUUGAGCUCAGAGCGGGCAGUGGACCACCGGAAGGUGUGUCAGCAGGAGGAUGAGGAGGAGGAGGAUGAUGAAGAUGUGGAGAUGCCCAGCGAAGGGGUGACGGAGAGUGGACUGGAGAGUUGUGGGAACGCAGACGAGGACGACUACACAGAGGAGGACCGCUUGGAUAACCUUAGCCGUUCACCCAUCCCACCUUCCUCAGCCUGGGGUCAGACAAACCCCUUCACUGACCCCUGGGCCCAGCCCCACCUCUCCUCCCCCCACACCGCCUCCAGCCCCCUGUCUGACCACGGGGCUGACGGCCCUGAGACGCCCACCCAGUCCUCUGCCCAGGCCUGGUUGGAUCUCAGUGCCCCCUCUCUGAUGCUCCAGUCAGAGCAGCCCUCAGAGCCUCAGUCUGCCCCUGAGGAGAUGGAGAGCUCUGCCCCAGUGGAGGCCUCUGCUCCCCCAGGGCCCCAUGCUGUGGGCAUGUCUCAGUCCAGCACCCUGAGUGGCACGGCCCUGGCCGUCCACAGCAGCAGUGAAACCAGCACUCCCGAGGAGCUCCGUGACUAUGACAGCAGCUCCGGGGUGGAGUCACGCUCUGACAAGCAGCAGACUCCCGUGCCAUCCAAUGUGCAACCUGACCUGGAGCAGGACUUGGGCAUCCAUCUGGAGCGAGGUGACGAGGAGGAGGAGGCUGAGACGCUCCCUGCUGACGAGGUCCUGGGAGCAGGCCCUCCUACUGCCCCUGCCUCUGCCCCCUCCUCCCCCUCCACCUCGGGAGACGAGGCCAGCGACAUGGAGGGUGAGAUGCAGAUCAACGACCCAGAUGUCCCCGUCACCAUGGAUGACAGCGCUGAGUUCGACAGCCCACCGUCCACCUGUAUCCUGCCUGCCCUGAAAGAGGAGGUGGUGGAGGUGCCGGCCGGAGAAGGAGAGGAGGACGGGGGUGGCGGCACGCCCCAGUCUGCCAACUCAGUGGCGUCUUACGGCUUUGACUGCACCAUGUCCAACUCCAACGCCCACUCCACUGCCGAGAGCUGCGGUAAGAGUCCCGGCAUCUUCUCCCUGGAGAACGAGGACCAGUUGCCCGAGGAGGCCAAGGACCCCUCCCUCAUCAAGGAGCUGACCCUGCCUGCAGCGGCCGCCCAGUCAGAGGAGCUGCUGGGAGGCCCUGUAGACCUGCUGCCCCUGGGCCAGCCUGGGGACCAGCACCACUACAUGCUGGGGGGGAAGAUUGAUGCUGACGACCUGGAGGUCAACACCCUGGAGGUCACCCUCCGCCUGGGGCCCCAGCAUGCCGGGGAGGCCAGCGAGGGCCAGCCACCCUACUACUCUGCUAUAUGCGAUAAGACUGAUAGCUUUCUGGCAGGUAACGUAUAAGUCCCUACCCCUGGAAUGCACCUUCUCCCCCGCCCCCCCCCCCCCCCUUGUUGUUCUUAGUUUUUCUCUCGAGGUGGGUUAGAUGGUUUAGAAAAACAAGCAAAUGAUGGUAGGAAACAAAAGGCAAGGGGAACGAAAAAGACUGUAGAUCAGUGAAGCCUCCCUCUUUCAUACUACUAUUAUGGUUAUGAAUGUAUGGCACUACUUUAUGUACACUAGCUACUAGCUACCAUUUUCUAUUAGAAUGUUCUUUUUAAGUAACACUGCGUAACCCCUGAGGGGGUAUUGACUGACUGGUCCGUUGGGACAAAGCUCUUAAAAGAAAAGGAGGAGUAAAAGGAGAAUGGACUCUACCUACAUGUGUAUUUAUCCUACUGUUUUUACCAAACAAAUGUCAAUGAUUAUGUUUUUGUACUUGUUUUGUUGGAACCCGGUUCUCCCUCCCCUAUGUGCACGCUCCAUUUGAUCCUGCACCGUAGCGAUAUCCUACUCUUCUUUUUUUACAAGUUUGUCGUUUUGCUUUCAACACCAUUUUCGUAUCUAAUAAAGGCUAGAUAUUUAACAUGGCUUUCCUCCCCUUACAGUUUUCUUAAGGCCCGUAUGAGAGUGUUCGAUUUGAAGUUUGUCUAGUUUUAAUUUGCGCUGCAGGAAGUUUGCCUCUCCCUGCAUAGAUUAUCGUGGCAAGUAACGUUGUCAUGUACAGUGUGUUUUGAGGCAUCUGUUUUAAGUGGUCAUGCUUCACGCCUCUCUUAGUUGAUCAUUUGUGCUUCAGAACCAACUAACAACUAUUUGUGGGGAAAAAACCUGCAUUCCUCUGCAUUUAGAAUUGACGCUCACUGAAAACGCUUUUCUCACUGAAACGCUUUUAGUGAUAUUGGAUAUUUCAACUUGCAUGUACUAACAUUGAAAUUGUAUCUGAUUAAACCAUUAUACACUAGGGAUGUUCAUAAAUGAAUGGUUCAUGCUAAGUAGGUUUUUCAAAAUUCCAUUAAACAUCAUUGCAAGGCA